AUGGCGCCAGCGAGGUGGUCUGAAGGGCCGAACGGCGCCUACACCUCGCAGAAUGGCGCGGGCGUGGUGGUCCCAAGGAAAGUCAAGCGCCUAUCCCUUGAAGAAUGGCGCCAGCGAGGUGGUGUGAAGGGCCGAACGACGCCUACACCUCGAAGAAUGGCGCGGGCGUGGUGGUCCCAAGGAACGUCAAGCGCCUAUCCCCUCAAGAAUGGCGCCAGCGAGGUUGUCCCAAGGAACGUCAAGCGCCUAUCCCCUCAACCAUGGCGCCAGCGAGGUUGUCCCAAGGAACGUCAAGCGCAUAUCCCUUGA